AGUGUAAAACAUGAUGAUAAUGAGUGCCGCUUGGUCUCUUUUUGUCAAUGAUUCACAAGACCUUGCCGCCUGCCAUUGGUUCAACUCUCACACACUGGCUACUCACGCAACAGAGCGGAGCUGCAGGAUAUAAAAACCUCUGGUCGUGAUUUGGGGCUUGAUGUGUUUUUGUGCUGUCGUUGAAGGUAGGGAGAAAAACACGCAAAGAUGGGCUUCUAUUUCUCCACUGAGACAUGGACCCUCCUGGUGGCUUUCAUCACACUGAUCUUUGUGUAUGUCUGCUGGCCAUUUGGAACAUUUAAGAAGAUGGGUGUCCCUGGUCCCAAACCAAUCCCUUUUUUUGGCACAAUGCUGGCAUAUAAAAAGGGAUUCACCGCCUUUGAUGAAAUGUGCUUCAAGAAAUAUGGGAAAACAUGGGGCAUUUUUGAUGGCCGUCAGCCCGUGCUGUGCAUCACGGAUCCUGCCAUAAUCAAAACUGUUCUGAUAAAGGAGUGUUACUCUCUCUUCACUAAUCGCAGAAACUUCCGUCUGAACGGACAACUGUACGAUGCUGUGUCCAUCGCUGAAGAUGAUCAGUGGAGGAGGAUCCGCAGUGUCCUUUCUCCUUCCUUUACCUCAGGAAGACUGAAAGAGAUGUUUGGCAUAAUGAAGCACCACUCUGCUAACCUGAUCAGCAGCAUGAAAAAGAAGGCAGACAAGGAUGAGCCCUUAGAGCUAAAGGAGUUCUUUGGACCCUACAGUAUGGAUGUAGUAACCAGUACAGCCUUCAGUGUCGAUAUAGACUCACUCAACAACCCCUCAGACCCUUUUGUCACUAACAUCAAGAAGAUGCUGAAGUUUGACUUCUUUAACCCUAUCUUCCUCAUUGUUGCUUUCUUCCCCUUUAUGGGUCCUGUUUUGGAGAAGAUGGAGUUUUCCUUUUUCCCUGUGGCUGUCACAGAUUUCUUUUACGCUGCACUGCAGAAGAUCAAGUCUAAUCGGGAACAAAGCAGUCAAAAGAGUCGAGUGGAUUUCCUUCAGCUGAUGAUUGACUCCCAGAAAAACAAUGACCUCAGUAAAGUGGAACAGGAUAAAGGUUUAACCGAUCAUGAGAUCCUUUCUCAAGCAAUGAUUUUUCUCUUUGCUGGCUAUGAAACAAGCAGCAGCUCUCUCUCUUUCUUGGCUUACAAUCUGGCCACAAACCCUCAUGCCAUGAAACUGCUGCAGGAGGAGGUCGACUCCACCUUCCCCGAUAAGGGUCCUGUUGAAUACCAGGCUCUGAUGCAGAUGGAAUAUCUAGACUGUGUCAUCAACGAGUCUCUCCGAUUGUACCCCAUUGCCCCACGCAUUGAGCGUGUAGCCAAGGCAACUGUGGAGAUAAAUGGCCUUGUGAUUCCAAAAGGUAUGGUUGUUAUGGUACCCACAUGGCCCCUGCACCGGGACCCUGAUCUGUGGUCUGAGCCAGAGAAGUUCAAACCUGAGAGGUUCAGCAAGGAAAACAAGGAGACUAUUGAUCCGUACACUUACAUGCCUUUCGGGGCAGGACCAAGGAACUGCAUUGGAAUGCGAUUUGCUCUGGUGAUGAUGAAACUAGCAAUGGUGGAGAUCCUGCAGAGAUACAGCUUCUCUGUGUGUAAGGAGACCGAGAUCCCCUUGGAACUGGACAUCCAGGGCCUGCUGAUGCCAAAACGACAAAUCAAACUGAAAUUGGUGCCACGUUCUGAAUCCAGAAACUAAAACAAUAUAAAGGAUUAUACUUUUAGCUAUGUUGUGUACAGGCCUUCUGUGA